GUCCAUGAUCUUGUUCCAUUCCUAGCGCGAAGAAUUCAGCACACUGUACCUCUAGGUCCGACAAGGCGAAGAGAUCAUUGAUAUUCAAACAAUCGCUUACCCUCUUGCCAGUGGUUCCCAUGAGUCCACCGGUCGUCACUCGACGUGAUCUAGAUUGGAAUGCUGUGUGCUCCAAGACUCAGACAUUCACAGCUGAUCAGCUAUCGAGUUACAAUGCCGCCGGAAUCGACCCUUUCCUGAUCCUCGUUGCCCAGGUCCUUGGUCAACAGUUCAGCCUCGCAGCCAAAGGACAGCGGAAUUUGGCCAACGCCUUUGCGAGUCUGCCACAAGCCGAGUUCUUUGGGCUUACCAUGGGGAUUGGUCAUUCCGACCGACAUCCUGCAAGGUUACUAGCUAAUCUGGACGGCGGCUUCGACUUCUUGGGGAUAUGCGGGUGUCUUUCGGAGAACUACUCCGAGGAUGUGGUCGUUGGAGUCAUUGUUGGACUGUUGAAAGUCUUUCAGAUCCCUGACCGGUUAUUACCUAGCGACUCCCAGUGGAGAAAUCUGGUUCAUCUGUGCCACGGGGUUCUGGCCACUUCUGGAUUUGGUCUGCUCAUCACGCGGGCGGGCACGGCAGUCAAUUUGACAGGGUCGAGUGCAAAUAUCAGGACUAUCAUUCAUGGACUGUGGGGAAUGAGUGAUCUCGUGCAAGGCUCGCAGAGGAAGAUCUCGAUUGAUGCAGGCUCUGAUGCUUUUUGGUUUGCAGCGGUGGCGGAAUGGCUGUUUGACCUGAGGUUCGUCAUCGACAAUGUUCAAGGACUGACGCUACUAUCUUCUCCUGGAGUUGAGACGAACAAGAUUCAAGUGAGCAUAUCAACCCGUGACCCGUCAUUCAGAGAAGAUUCUCCUGAUCUACUACCACUCUCCGAGGCAUUCCCAAACAGCUCGACGCCGGUGACAGGUGGACGGGUAACGUGGGAGAAGAUAUUCCGGUCAUGCUUUGGACGUACCUUUAUCGACAUUGAGCCACGACUCCUGGCCGAUGGGGUGAGCAGUCUGGCUGGACUCACUGCUGCAAGCAUGGAACACACUCACGCAGACAUCCAAGCUUACUUUUAUCCCCAAGCCAGCGCCGUGACGGGGUCCCGCGGAUCCGGCCUCUUGGAAACGGUAACCAGCUGGUUCCCCGAACUUCGGCGGCUGGCACCACAAAUGGGACGUUAUGCCAAUGUAUCGUUCCAGGAGGCGCGAGACAAGUGCGAUGAGGUCACUGCCACACUCAAAGCAGAGUGCAUGUGCAACUUUUGCGGGAAUGCCUCGGAGACAUCUACCGAAUACUGCAAACACAGUCUCCUCAUUUUCAUCUUGUCGUUGGGUCUGGUGGCUGCCCGAUCGGUGGUGGUGACGGGCCUGUACCCAAAACGAUCAGGGAUCAUUGAAAUGUACCGCUUUCACCACGAGCGUCGUAAGCACUGGGUGUUGCAUGAAAGGGUCAAAGAGAACGAUGAGUUCAUGGAGGGAUUUGUACAGUCUCUCCCAUCGCCACGGCAGCUGCUUGAUACAGCGUGCCUCAUGUUCGCCGGUUCAUCACCCCAAGAUGAUAUCAUGUCGGAUGAAACGCUCUCGAUCGCUCAUCAAGGCAUCUUUGCUUCGUUGACGGCCUGGAACCCGUACAUCGCCGGUUCACGCACGAACCAGCGGAUGCGGGCUGGAGUGUCUGUGUCAGCAGGUUCAUCACACGUCCAUGGAAGACUCGUUGAUCAGGGCGUCUGGUCGCAAGGGGUGGGAACCAUGUCAUUCGCGGAGAGUCUCGAGAUGUUGAGAACUCGGUCAAAGGACCUACAGCAGAUUGUGCGAUUGAAGGGAAACAAGGUUGAGUUUUCAUAUAUUUUGUUAGAGAGUGGUGAAGGAGAGCGAGCGCAGAAAGCAGGUUGGUGGCUUUGUGAAGACUAA